CUGGACAGGGAUAUCCACAGUUUUACUGGUGUGAAAUUUUCUUAUCUCUUACCCUGGACAGCGUUAUCAACAAUUUUACUGGGGUGAGAUUUUCUUAUAUUAUGGUCACCUUAUAGUGUUGAGACCAGCUACACAUGAUCUUUGCACGUUUUCAAAAAUUGUAUGAUGUCACAGCAACAAUGCCAUGACAUCACAUUGACAAUUCAAUCACGUCAUGCCAACAUUGUCUUGUAUUGAUGUAACGUCUAUAUUAGAUAUUUUCGAGGAUAAACAAGGCAAGAGAAAAAUUUACCCCCUUGGGAGUAAGACAGAAAUUUCAACCUUUGGGGUAAGAUUCCCCCUUGGGUUGAGAUUCCCCUGUCUUACCACCAAAAGGCUGAAAGAUUCUAUCAAUCUUAUAUAGACACAGCACUUGGAAUGGUAUUUUGUUAUAAAGUCUAACAAUCUGUACACACAUAGAGAACUCGGGUGCCUGUGAAGGACCUUUUAUAUUAUAUAUUUAUAUAUAUAUUUUAUAUUUUAUAGGUAUAUUAUUUUAUGAUUAUGUCAUUAAUAAUCAUGGUUUAUAAAACACAAAACUUCUAUGCCUUUCUCAUAGGGGUUAUCUCCCCUUACUCAUCCCUUGACAUUGUAUACUUAGCCUCGCUUUCAUUCUUAGGCUGACAUGUGUUGCUGAAGCUGUGUGUUUUUAGCUGUCUUUUAACUUAGGAGUAUUGUAAUGAAAAUAGAUAACACAUACCGAUCAGGCAUCGUUGUGUAUUGUUUACAUGUGUUCAUCCGGGUCCUGAACUAUUCUCGUGCAUUCUCCCGCACGCUUGAUUAUGUAAUCCUACCCUUGCAUGUAAAACACUUGAAUGACUCAGAUGGUCUAUAUCGGAGGGUAUAAAAGCCGGCUCUGACAGAACACAAACACUCUGAUUUCGGCAUCCAAACUGUACAGACAGAAGCGGAGAGACCCUAAGAAAGAGAAUGGUAAACACAAAGACGACCCCAAUGAAGGCAUGUCCUAUGUGCAAGUUCAGAACCGCUGGAACAGAAGAGCUCAGGGAGCAUCUUGUGAUGUGUGGUCUGAAACACUCUGAAAAGAAUGCAUUUGCCUGUACUCAUUGUAAUUUCACGACUACAAAGCAAGUAUACCUUACUCGUCAUGAGAAAAGACAUAUCGAAGAGAAGGGUAUGGACAAAAACAGCCAACCUGAGACCGUCCAUGUGUCUAAUCUACCAGAGGAUAAGCAGACCGCAGGAUCCAGUGACAGCUCAAGCAGCUCCAGUAGUGAUAGUGACGAUGGGUCGGAUGAUGAUUCCUAUCCUUCGCCUAAGGAAACAGAAGAUUGGCAAAAGCAGGACCCUGGGAGCUUACUGUCUGAGGAGUCGGAGAAAGAAACUACUGAGCCAGUUGUCCCAUCUGACAACAGACCUUCAACCUCAGCUACAGCAGUGGCCACAAAUCCUGUACCCCCGCAUGAUUCUUUGAUGGGUCGGGUGAUCAGGAAAUCAACAAAACCUACACUGCCAUUUCAUAAGAAGAGAAUAGCAGAACAAAGUGGUGAACCAGGCAAAAGGCUACGUGCCACAGAUCUGCGACAUGUCAUCCCGAAACCAGUAACUCUGGAUCAUCCCACGAAGCGACAUACGAGUACGGUUAGUCGACGUUUUGUUAGUGUUGGAGUCCAGACGGAGCCCGCCAUGAACAAAACUAAGCGGACAGUCACGACCACUUGUCGAUAUCAUGAGGCAGGCAAGCAAGUGAAACAAACCACGGUAGAUGAAACCUACUUUUAUUUGGAUACCUUCACUGGAAAUAGAGAAUAGGCUAGAUGCCCACAACGUUUGGACGGACCUCACUUAAACGAAGUGUCCGUACACUAGUGUUUCAACACUGCUGGAUUAAUAAAGAAAGUUUAUUUGUUUUGUAAAUAAUUGUUUUCCUUUGGUUCUUUGAUUUCGUUCUAACAUAAUUAAGAAGCAUGGAAGCUUCAACCUCGAAGGCGUGGGUAGUGUAAUGAAAAUAGAUAACACAUACCGAUCAGGCAUCGUUGUGUAUUGUUUACAUGUGUUCAUCCGGGUCCUGAACUAUUCUCGUGCAUUCUCCCGCACGCUUGAUUAUGUAAUCCUACCCUUGCAUGUAAAACACUUGAAUGACUCAGAUGGUCUAUAUCGGAGGGUAUAAAAGCCGGCUCUGACAGAACACAAACACUCUGAUUUCGGCAUCCAAACUGUACAGACAGAAGCGGAGAGACCCUAAGAAAGGUAGCUAGUUAUGGAAAGAUAGAUGUGACCACGGUCUUCUCCUUGAUCCAUCAACUAAUCGUUUUAACACAGAGUGUUUGGCAGAGGCUGAUAGGUUAGCGACUACAAAUUAGUUGGCGACUACAAGCAGGUAGUCGACGGUCAAGUCAGCAACUACAAGGUAGUCGGCGGGCAUGUCAGCGACCAUACUAUAAGUAGUGUUGGUGGUCAGCAGCAAACACCAGGGGUUAGGUGGCCGAUGAAAAUACAUGGGAACAGUCAGAGCGUAUAAUCAUGUUCGAUUACACAUAUUGCUAGUCACUGAAUCCCCGUAGCCGUAUAGUCAGCGGUCACACACAGACCGGCGACCAGUAAUUAUAACUAGCCGUUGUGAGUGGUACGGGACGAGUUAUAGUAUUAAGAUUAAGUGUCAGCGGUCAGACAGACCACUGUAUAUAUAAAACUUAUAUUUUAUGUGUUAUAUGUUCUCGUUAAAUGUUAAAGGCUACCAAAUAGUAGUAAUAUUUGUAUAUAUUUGCAUCUGUAGACUAGUCACUAACCAGGAUCUAUUAGAGGUAGUGACGAACCCAUUUGUAAACGUCACAGUAUCAGUUUUUGCUGGGAUCUAACACUAGACUAAAAUGACUUUUUAUGGACUUAUUUCGACAUACGUGUGUCACACGUUUGCUCCUGAAGAGUUUUAAAUUCACGAAAAUUUUGGUGCUGAUUUUUUUUUCAAAAUGGCGGAACGACAGACAAGAAAAAGACGUAGAUUAAACCAACACGAGAUAUCUUCCCAGCCGUAUUUGACUAACAGUGAAAUGAAGGAUGCACUUAAAGAUGCAGGGAUAAUAAUAUCUGGCAAUCUUAAUCACAAAGAUUUGCAGAAGAUAUAUGACGACAACGUCAGAAACACGAACAGAUCAAGAGUCAGAAACGUUACAAGAACUGUCGCUAGCAGUGAAAUUGACACUAUGCCUAACAGGGAACAAUCUGCUACGACUGAUUUAUUUAGCAGUGAUAACACGCACAGCGAUCGUGGAAGUCAACUGAUUUCUUUAGAAUCGGACGCAAUUUUCGGGACUAACACUACCGAGGAGAGCGCGCAUGCAUCCCGCGUGGUCCCGAUUGCGCAACCUCAGACUUCGCAGAGUACAUCCGCUUCCGGUAUCAACACUCACAACAUGGAGACCAUGCUGCUGAAUACUAUCAAAUUGUGUCAACAAUCGAUGGAAACUAUGAAACAAUUUGCCAAAUCAACAGCAACAAGCUCUAAUUCACAAGAGUUCACGCUACAAUCAGCUUAUGAGGCACAAGCUCAUAUAGCUCCAGCACCGACUACAUCUCCGCCAAGUCAACCAUCAGUCUCAGGUCAGUCAGCUAACUUUUCAUCUACUGGUAUUCAAGCAGCAUCAAUUUCCAUAACCGAUAUGGUUCACCCAGACGUCAGAAUUCAAAUUCUAGCAGGCAAAGAUAUAAACCUGAACACGUUAUUAAUUCCAAAUUUUGAGCCCAACAAACGUUCCAAAGACAUCGAUGAACAACUGCAAAGAAACCUCACUUUAGAUGAAUUCGUUGUAGCGUUUGGUCGUUUUAAACGAAUCAUGACUUCAGGCUUCCCAAAUCGUUCACAAGAGCUUGAUGAUUACAUGGCACAUAUAAUCGAAACGGCCAACGUGUGGCCUGACAAGUUCUACGAAUAUCACAAGAUGUUCAGUGCCAAAUGUGCUAUCGUGCUGCAUCAACGGAACCAGAAAAUUGAUUGGUCGUACGGCGAUCCUUCACUUCGACAGAUAGUGUGUGCCGGCUCAAAAGUAAAAUGUUGUGAUUUUUGUAAAUCCACAACACAUGUGUCAUCUAUGUGUGUUACAAAGCAGUCUGUCCAGGCUAAAGGUAAAGUGGACCGAAACCACAGAAAUGACGUACUGGGACGAGAGAUUGUUUUUCAAAACGGAGCCCAAAUUUGUAACAAUUUCAACAGCCCGCGCAGCUGUUCCAGACCCAAUUGUAACUUCUUGCAUGUUUGUAAAGGCUGCAAAUCCAAUAAUCAUGGAAAAAAUUCCUGUCCUAACAAAACAAACAAUGACCAGCCUGCUAAGACCGAUACCCGUGCAGACCAAAACAAACGCAGGUCUCAAUGACUACCUGUUUCCAAUGCGUUCCCUAUGUUUACACAGACAGCUUCAACUCCAAUUUCAGUGCAAACACUGCGACAUGAAUUACGCUCACAUCCAGACAAGGCUUUCAUUUCAAAUUUAUGUGACAGACUACAGGUUGGUUUUGAUACAAAGGUAUCUAGCACAGACUUACCAACUUACGAAUGCCGUAAUCUUUUAUCUGCUCGUAAUAAUCAAGAUACCGUCUCAAAUCUUUUGCAGGAGGAAGUUUCCAAAGGAUUUAUGUAUGGCCCUUUUCAAUCACCGCCAUUUGUACCGUAUCGUGUUAGUCCGUUGGGCUUAGCCACACACAAGUAUUCUGGUAAACAACGUCUCAUUAUAGACUUGUCAUCGCCACAUAAUAACAAUGCGCACACCAGUAUAAAUGAUUUGAUUGAUAAAGAUCUGUGCUCUCUCUCUUAUGUGACUAUAGACGACGCUAUCGCCAUUAUUAAACACAAAGGGAAGCAUGCUGCCAUGUGUAAGGCAGACAUUACAGACGCCUUCAAACAAAUUCCAAUUCAUCCAAGUCAGUGGCACCUUUUCUGUGUUAAAUGGAAUAACAGCUACUAUCAUUACGUGCGUCUUCCUUUCGGUUCACGGUCCAGCCCCAAGAUUUUUGACCAACUAUCUCAGGCAAUAGUGUGGAUAGCUGUCAACAAUUACGGCAUCAGUAAUAUGUUACAUUUGUUGGACGAUUUUUUGACAGUCGAUGAUCCUUCCCAUGACAGUGACAGGACUAUGGCUUUGAUCACUAUGAUAUUUAAUAAACUUCAGAUUCCACUGUCAAAAAAGAAAACUAUUGGACCUACCUGCAUUAUUGAGUACCUCGGAAUUAUUUUAGAUUCCAACAAGAUGGAAGCUAGGUUGCCAUUAGAUAAGGUCUACAGGAUCACCGAAUUUAUAACUGACAUCCUUAGUAGGAAAUCUUGCACUAGAAAAGAAUUAGAACAGCUUCUAGGUCAUUUGAACUUUGCUAUGAGAGUUAUAUUACCGGGUCGUGCUUUCGUUUCCUACCUUUAUAGACUCAUGUCUUCUGUCAAAGAAAGUUAUUUUUUCGUGCAUUUGACAAGUGAUUGUAAAGACGACCUCUAUAUGUGGUUAAACUUUCUAGAGAAGUGGAAUGGCGUGUCUCUUUUUUACGAGCCUUCCAUUACGAUUGCUGCAGAUUUCUCUCUGUUCACGGACGCUGCUUCUACCAAAGGGUUUGGUGGUUUCUUUAAGGGCAGAUGGUUUUCUGAGAAAUGGCCAUGUAAUCUGCCCGACAUAUCUGACAAUUCUCUCUCCAUGGCUUUUUUAGAGUUAUACCCUAUCGUGGUCGCAGCCAUUCUGUGGGGAAACGAGUGGUCUUGUAAACGCAUUAAGUUUUACUGUGAUAACCAAGCAACAGUUCAUAUUAUUACCAAAGGUAGAUCAAAAGACCCCACAAUCACGAAACUCAUGCGAACUCUUACUAUGUGUGCUGCAAACAGCAAUUUCGCCGUCUAUAGUGAAUAUUAUCCAGGUGUUAAGAACAAUAUUGCUGACGCUCUAUCUCGGUUUCAGAUAUCCAGAUUCAGGGAGUUAGCACCAACUGCAGACCUGUACCCGACACAAUGUCCUCCACUGGACGAGAUUCUUUGGAGAAGAAGUUAGACGAUUUGUGGCAACAUGCAGUAUCGGAUAGGACUCGUUAUCAGUAUGACAUAGGCGUCAAAACCUAUUUCCGUUUCCUUCAACUAUAUGGUAAUUCAUGGCUACCCUGCAGCAUGCCACCAGUGAAUGAACAAUUGCUGUUACGGUUUUGUACUUAUUGUAGUGAAUGUAUUGAGCUCAGCCACUCGACUAUUAAACUGUAUCUGUGUGGCGUUCGUUUCUACUACGUGAGACACUGGGGUUUCCAUCCCUUAGAGAAACCAAACGGUCAAACACUUACCGGCUUGUAUACAUUAUUAAAUGCAAUCAAAAAGAAGCAAGUGUGCAAAACCAAAAGAACUCGCCUACCUAUAACAGCGAACAUUUUAUGUCACAUGUGCUCUCUACUCGAUAGUAGUGUGUUCUCCUAUUUCAUUGACAGUAUGUUGAAAUCAGCCUGUCUUAUUGCCUUUUUCGGCUUUUUGCGUUGUGGAGAGUUUACCCAUCUCAGUCAUUUUGACCCGAACUCUAACUUGUGUAUUGGUGACGUCAUCCUACUCGAAGAUAAACUUGAGUUAACCCUGAGAAAAUCUAAAACAGACCCUUUUAGACAAGGGGUCACUAUACACAUUUACGCAAAUAACACUAACAUUUGUCCAGUAUCUGCCACUAAGCAGUAUUUAUGUCUUAGAAGAGGGGUAGUUGUAAAUGCUUGUCAAUCAUUUUUUGUUAAUGGUCAGGGACAGCCUCUGUCAAGAGCCUUUUUCAUAUUACAUGUGAAAAGCUUGCUCAGUAAAAUAGGUUUAGAUGCCAAUUUGUACAAUGGUCACUCCUUUAGGUCCGGAGCCGCUACAUCCUCUCAUAUGGCUCGUCUCGAAGAUCAUUUGAUCCAAACUCUAGGUCGAUGGACAUCAGACUGCUAUACUCGCUACAUUCACACUUCAAAAAAUGUCCUUCAAAAUGCACAAAAACAAAUAUGCGACACCAGAUUCUCUAAGUAAACAUCUGGGAUAUAUCAUUUACGGAGAUUCUGGCCAUGAUCAGUCCUUUUACAACCCAUUUGUGUUAUAUGUACUGACAGACAUGGAGAGACCAAAAUUUUUGUUUUUCAUACUUUAAACUUGGGGACUACAGCUGAUAACAUCUGUAUUUGGAAAUUAUCUUCAACUUAUUAAUAGUUUCAUCAAUAUCCCCAAGUUUGUUCUAUGUUUAGGGGGUAGUUUUUGUUUCUGCAUCAUUUGAUAAUGUUUAUAAAUAUGUUUUCAAAUACUCUUUUUGUAAUGCAAUACUUAAACAAUAGGAGUAACAUUUUUCAAUGUACAUCAGUUUUAAUUUGCAUUACACUUGUUUAUGUUUCAUUGAGCUGUAAGUCCCCAUUGCCAAGUUUAAUAAAUGUAUAUAUGUUUUAA